UUUGCCUUGGAAAUCAUUUUUCUCCUCACAGGUUGUUCAACUUUGGAAUCUGAUACAAGCAAAAGUUAAAAUGAAGUCAAGCAAGCCAACAAUUGAGAAGGAGACAUGGGGCGAUAUUGUAGAAAGAGAAUUAGGAGUGCCUCCUGAGGGGAUUAUCAUCUAUCCCUAUGAAGGUGAAGAUGAUGUUGAUGAUUUUGACUCCUACGACAGAGGCAGUGAGAAGAACAGUUACCCCCCUGAGAGAACAUGUGAAAACAGCAAGGAGAAGGAUUACUCUGACAAUCACACCUCAGAGUGCAUCAAGGAUGUACGUUUUUCUGCUUCUGAGCAGCAAACCCCUACCGAUCAGAGGGUUUCUAGAGAAAACGUCAAACAGCAAGGUGUCUCAAAAGAAUGUGAUCACGAAGCAUCCUUAGAAAAGCAGAGUUAUUCAAAGGAAACUCUGAUCUCUACACCUCCACUGGUCCCUGAAAAGCAAACGAUCCCUGAAACACAGGAGACCCAGGACCAACAAGAGAAGAAACAGCCAUUUGAGUAUUUGAGCAACAAGAAGAUAAUAGUACCACUGGACAACUGGUUUGAGUCUGAGUCUGAGUCAGAGUCAGAGUCAAAACCCCAAAUGGUUCAAACGCCAUAUAUUUUAUUUGACCCCUCCUUUAACCAACUAUCUGCAAUUUACCCACCGGGUUAUUUCGACUAUUAUGAAAAGAAAGCUCAAAAAGCUGCUAGCAAGAAGGGGAAAAAGAAAGAGGAGGUCAUUGAAGAAGUUAAGGUGUCUGAAACACUACAAAAUGGGGAUGAGCAAAAGCCUUCUAAGAAACCUAAACGGAAGAAGAAACAAAAGACAUCUUUGGAAACUGCUUCUGGACCUGAAACCCUGAAAGAUCAAGAGUUUUCUGGAGAAAACACUCAACAGGAAGAAGUUUCAGUGCAGGAAAAAGAAGGUGUUCAGGCAGCUUCCUUAGAAAAGCAGGCUUGCACAAAGGAAACUCCAAUCUCUACACCACCGCUAGUCCCUGAAAAAGAAAUGAUCCCUGAAACACAGGACAAUACUGAACAGGAAGAAGUUUCAACACCAGAAAUAGUCAAGGAUCAGUCUGUUUCCUUACAAAAUGAGAUCAGUACAAAUGAAACGGUGAUAUCUAAACCACAGGAGGUAGUUGAAGAAGUUAAGGUCUCUGAAACACUACAAAAUGGAGAUGAGCAAGGAGAGAAAAAGCCUUCUAAGAAAUCUAAACGUAAGAAGAAACAAAAGACAUCUUUGGAAACUGCCUCUGGACCUGAAACCCUCAAAGAUCAAGAGGUUUCUGGAGAAAAUACUGAACAGGAACAAGUUUCAACACCAGAAAUAGUCAAGGAUCAGUCUGUUUCAUUACAAAAUGAGAUCUGUACAAAUGAAACGGUGAUAUCUAAACCACAGGAGGUUGUUGAAGAAGUUAAGGUCUCUGAAACACUACAAAAUGGAGAUGAGCAAGGAGAGAAAAAGCCUUCUAAGAAAUCUAAACGUAAGAAGAAACAAAAGACAUCUUUGGAAACUGCCUCUGGACCUGAAACCCUCAAAGAUCAAGAGGUUUCUGGAGAAAAUACUGAACAGGAAGAAGUUUCAACACCAGAAAUAGUCAAGGAUCAGUCGGUUUCAUUACAAAAUGAGAUCUGUACAAAUGAAACGGUGAUAUCUAAACCACAGGAGGUUGUUGAAGAAGUUAAGGUCUCUGAAACACUACAAAAUGGAGAUGAGCAAGGAGAGAAAAAGCCUUCUAAGAAAUCUAAACGUAAGAACAAACAAAAGACAUCUUUGGAAACUGCCUCUGUACCUGAAACCCAUAAAGAUCAAGAGGUUUCUGGAGAAAUUACUAAACAGGAAGAAGUUUCAACACCAGAAAUAGUCAAGGAUCAGUCUGUUUCUUUACAAAAUGAGAUCUGUAUAAUUGAAAAGGUGAUAUCUAAACCACAGGAGGUUGUUGAAGAAGUUAAGGUCUCUGAAACACUACAAAAUGGAGAUGAGCAAGGAGAGAAAAAGCCUUCUAAGAAAUCUAAACGUAAGAAGAAACAAAAGACAUCUUUGGAAACUGCCUCUGGACCUGAAACCCUUAAAGAUCAAGAGGUUUCUGGAGAAAAUACUGAACAGGAAGAAGUUUCAACACCAGAAAUAGUCAAGGAUCAGUCCGUUUCCUUACAAAAUGAGAUCUGUACAAAUGAAACGGUGAUAUCUAAACCACAUGAGGUAGUUGAAGAAGUUAAGGUCUCUGAAACACUACAAAAUGGUGAAGAGCAAGGAGAGAAAAAGCCUUCUAAGAAAUCUAAACGUAAGAAGAAACAAAAGACAUCUUUGGAAACUGCCUCUGGACCUGAAACCCUUAAAGAUCAAGAGGUUUCUGGAGAAAAUACUGAACAGGAGGAAGUUUCAACACCAGAAAUAGUCAAGGAUCAGUCGGUUUCCUUACAAAGUGAGAUCUGUAUAAUUGAAAAGGUGAUAUCUAAACCACAGGAGGUUGUUGAAGAAGUUAAGGUCUCUGAAACACUACAAAAUGGAGAUGAGCAAGGAGAGAAAAAGCCUUCUAAGAAAUCUAAACGUAAGAAGAAACAAAAGACAUCUUUGGAAACUGCCUCUGGACCUGAAACCCUUAAAGAUCAAGAGGUUUCUGGAGAAAAUACUGAACAGGAAAGAGUUUCAACACCAGAAAUAGUCAAGGAUCAGUCUGUUUCAUUACAAAAUGAGAUCAGUACAAAUGAAACAGUGAUAUCUAAACCACAGGAGGUAGUUGAAGAAGUUAAGGUCUCUGAAACACUACAAAAUGGAGAUGAGCAAGGAGAGAAAAAGCCUUCUAAGAAAUCUAAGAAGUCGGUUUUCUCCCUUUCAGCUUCUGCUAAAAGGGAGAGUGGUCAAAAGGAAAAGCAGACUUCAAAAGCACUGAAGGUAAGCGAAAGAGAAAAAGCCUCUAAAUUCCAAAAGAAAUCCAUCCAGAAAGAGGACACAAAGUCUAAAAAGUCUCGAGACGCUGUAACAUCCCCUCCACAGAUGGAGAUUAAAGAAGUGGAAGAUGCCAUCCACACACAGGCAGCAGAAGAGGGGCUUGUGCAGGACAAUAAUCCUAAACAAGCUGAUAGCAUGGUAAAAAAGGUUUCACUGUGGAAGCGUAUCAAAAAGGCCAUGACUCCAUCAAAUUGGUGCCGGUGCACAGGCAGGAAGGAAAACCAGCCUGAAUCUAAAGUGUUAACAGUCUGACACUUUAGAUUUUAAAUGGGGCGGGCAGGGUAGUUUUGUAUUAAUUGGAGAGUUCAAAUUAAAAAGCUAAGGCUGCACAUUGGGAAAUGUCUCCCUUAGCAUGCGUGGGUUUUUGAUACUGAACAUCCACUGUUAAAAACUAACGGAUUAGUAAAAAGCUGAAAUCAUUGUUGAUGGCAUGUAAAAAGAUUUGUAAAAGCAAGGGCAUACACGGUUAGUUUUAACCGUAUAUGCGUGGGUUCACUCCGGGUGCUCCGGCUUCCCCCACAUGGUCCAAAAACAUGCAUUAUCAGCCAUGAUAGGCCCCUUAUUUCUGAUUCGAUGGUAAAAAAAAAAAAAAAAAAAAAAAAAAAAAAAA